AUGGCUGAUGAAGUAAAGCAGUAUGUUGAAAAUAAAGAAUUACAAGAGCGAUGCAGCCAGUGGGUAGUUCAAAGCAUAUCCUCAUCAGCUGGGAGUUUGAACAUAAAUCAGAAAAGAGAACGCGAUAAAGAUAGUGAUUUUGAUGUAUCCGAGUGCUUUGACACUGAUUCUGAGUUUGAUUCAGUGUCUGAGUGUGGAGGAAAAAAACGCAGAUUAAACACUCACUCGAAAGAAGAAGUCUUGCAUUUAAUUUGCGAGUGGAAGGACUGUCAGUACACAUCCACAGUUGUCGAGCGUUUUGUUCAUCAUGUUGCUAACCACGUUACUGAUCUUGAAGUUAAAGUUUCCAAUGGUAGUAAAAAUAUUGCGAUGAAUGAUAUUGAUGGUAGCAAUAAUGAAAAUAUUGUAAUAGUUGAAGAUGGUGAUAAGGAAAAAGAUCAUACAUGCGAGAAAGGAGUUUAUGUUUGUAAAUGGAAACAUUGCGGGUAUGAAAAUGAUAGCACACCAGUUAUUAUUAAGCAUGUUAAUUAUCAUGCCUAUCACACUAAAUUGAAAUGCAUUGGUGCUAAUUUACGGAGUAAAAUUAAAUUACCGCCAUUUAAUAAUUUUCAAUUAUUUUUGUACCACGUUACCCAACACGCAGAGAAUAAUCCACGUGGUAACAAAGUUAAAAACGGAGUAAAGUGCCUUUGGACUGGAUGCAACAGUACUUGUUCGAGUGUUCACAAACUCAAGGAUCAUAUUAAAUGUCAUACUAAAGAAAAAGUUGUGGCUUGUCCAACUUGCUGUGCGGUGUUUGCGUCCAAUACAAAAUUUUUUGACCACUGCCGCAGGCAAAUAUCUAUAGAAACUCAAGGAUUUCAAUGUUCUUACUGCACAAAAUUUUAUCCAACUGAAAAUAUUUUACGUGAACACAUGAGGUUUCAUAUAUUCAGGUACAAAUGCAAAUUUUGUGACAUGAGUUGCGAGUCACCAGCGUCUUUAGCUAAGCACGUUAGAUAUCGACAUGUCAGUACACGACCAUUUCGCUGUCAAUUGUGUACUCAUGCUGCUAAAUCAGAACAAGAUUUAGAUUCUCAUAUGACAGUACAUACCAAUGGACCUAAUUUUUAUUGUAAUAAUGAAGGUUGUUCUUAUACUUGUAAAAAUGCUUAUGUAUUAGACAGACACAUUGAACGUGUCCAUAGAUCAGAAGUUAGAUGGUAUUGUUGUCACGAAUGUCCAAUAAAGUAUCGAAAAAGUUACAACUUAACGAAACAUUUAAUGAGAACUCACAAUCUCCGAUGGCCUGACGGACACAAAAGGUUUCAGUAUACAAGGGUUGAGGAUGGCUGUUACCGGUUACAAAUGGUACGAUAUGAAUGUAUUGAUGAAGAAGAAGGCGGUGCGAGUGAUUUAGUUAUUGAAGAGGCCGAGUUACCGUCAAAGGAUUAUAAAAUAAAAAUUAAUACUGAUUCACGUAUUCCUAAUAUUGAAAUUUUUGAAGACAAUGCCGACGACAGUAAUACAGAAUUAGAAGUGAAUACAGAUGUUGAAGACAAUGUUUGCAAAUCUAUGCCAAUAAUAUCAAAUAUUUUAAUUUCUAUUGACGAAGUUGAUGAAGAUGGUAAUAUUAUCAAUCAUCAAGUAUUUGAAGCCCAAGAGACCAAAACUUUACCAUCUUCAGAUGGAUUACCUGUUAUUUUAGGUGUUUAA